UAAUCUGCAAUGCAGAUGCACUUGGCCUGAUGCAUUGUUGCACACAAGUCAGAGUUGUGGUGGACACAUCUAGAACCACCGCAUAUGUCGCAGUCUGCAUAUGCACCUUUGAGCGAAUAUGAACAUUACUCCUCUUGCAGCUGAUUUUGCGUAACCGGGUGGCUGGAACUUUGCAUGUAGGGUAAGGGUUUACUGGGUAUCUAGAUGUAUUUGCAGGCAAUUCAGAGAUUCAUUUGAACCGUCUGCUCAUUUGCAAUUUAUGCAUUUAAAGAAUGGAUACAGUUCUCAAGAAGCCUGAACGACUUUUGGCCUAUAAUGGAGAAAUUAUUACUUUUCAGAUAUUACAAUUGAAAACGAAUUUGGAUGUUGCAGAAAAAAAUGUUUUAGCUUUCUCAAGGAAAAAAUUCCAUACGGACACUGGAAAGUUUAUUGAGGUAUCUUCUGGACAAUACAUCAUACCAUCCAUUAAAUCUAACAUUCAGGUUGUUUCCGUUUGCUGUGUUGCAGACGUCAGAACUGGCAUUAACCUUCCAUGCAUUUUGCUGAAGACGUGUAAAAGAAAGUCUACCAGUUCAUCGAGGCUGACAUUGCUGCUACUCCACACUUCAAAUGAAGUGGAACCAUAUUUAAAGUUCAAAGUGGACACAGAAAUUCUGGAAGAUCUACGCCUAACUGAUGGUCCGACUGUUCUCUGGAAACAACAUGAAAAACUCUAUUAUGUUUCAUCUCCAACUUCAGAGGUUUUAACAUCUCCUAUCGAUAUUUCUGCCAUUCUCUGGACUGGAACUAUUGAAGAAGGCACUUGUAUUUUGGGUAUAACAACCAUGAGAUUGGAUGCUGAACACUUAACAAGCACUUCUCUCCCUAAUAGAACUCAUCAAGGAAAGGAGUUUGUUUUGUACUGCGUUGAAAAUCAGAAAACUGUGUCAGGAUCCUGCCUUAUUCCACAUGCAUACACAAGUGUGCUACGCUGCCUUGAUGUUUGCAUGAUACAGAAUAUUAACGGCAUAUAUGAGACAUCUGCAGUUGGAGCUAGUAAUAAACAACUGAUCUGGUUCCAAAACGGGGUCCCUAAACAAGUUUUCCAGCUGCCGUCUGAAAAUCUUUCAAAGCUACAGAUUGCUUACACAAGCAGAGCCGAUAUGUUAUGUAUGAUUUCCUUUGCUUCUGGAGAUGCUUGUGCUGUAUGGAAAGAUGGAUGGAAGACAGCAGGAAUAUGGCAGCAAGUGGAAAACAUACUGGUUGACGAUUUUGUUGGCAGAGGAUCUGAUCAAAUGUUGUUGCUGUUCAGAGAUGAUCCAAGCAAUCUUGCUGACCAACAAGCAUUCAGACUGACUGACUGCCGGGAUAUCAACUAUCCAGCUGACGGCAUGGAUGAUAAAGUUAUUGAGACUCAGUUCCAGGAAAAUCAUUUUCUAAUGAUACAGACGCUUGAAGCCAGAUUACAGACUAGCUUAAAUUCACUUGAAGAACUGCAAAACCAUGUACAGGUCCAAGAUAAAGUGAUUAAAUCAUCAUGUGACGCAUUAAUAGGCAUGUCCCUGAGCAUUGAGACAUUGGUGCACUCUGAUAAGAAGGAGUGUCUGGUUUCUUUGUUGGAUGAUGCAGACGAGUGUCAUUAUCCAUCUGCAGAAGAAAAAUGUUCUUCAUCCGUAGACUCUGAGUGUUUUGUUGAAAAGAUAUGGCAACGAGUGAUUGAUGACUUCCUAGUGGUUGGUGUGAAGCUGAAAGAUUCUGUUGACAUAUCACUGAGUGACAUUGGCUUAUCCCUCAUAAUGGAUCAAAAAAUAGCUUCACUCUCCCAAGUUACCAAGUGUCAAACUAAUGUGCUAAAAUUGGCCAUCCGUCCUUCACUAGAUUUGAGCACUGUCUGCCUACAUGAACCCACAGGAAAGAAACAAAGGCUCGACUAUCACAGCAAGGACAAUCUUUCUGGAAAUUGCUCACAAAGACCCUGCCCUCCAUCCUAUCAAAAUGAUUUGGAACACACAGUAACUGCUGUCACUGAGUUGUCUUCACUGUUGGCACUUAAUAAUACUAGUUGUGCAUUGCUGCUGCAUGCCAGGAGGAAAAAUCAACCUGACUGUUUACUUAGAGGCGAGAAGCUGAUUGUUCCGUGUGGGAGAGUUUCUAUAAGCCUUGCAGAUGUUUUAAAAGGAAAACAUACAAUAAAUGUAUUUGAACGCUGUCAAGGAUUUCAAACUCUGGAAGAUAUUUUUGCUGUUCUGUCAGCAUUCCAGAAAUGCUCACUCCACAUCUUCUCACCUGAUUGCACGUUAACAUCCGUGAGACCCUGGCUGGUGGGACAGAUGCAAGCGGAGCCGCUAAAGUUCAUGCCUGACAUCAUGAUAUCUACGAGACCUGGAUGCCUUGGGGGAACUCUCUUCAUUUGGAAUCCAAAGACCUCAUGUGAUGGAACGCUUACGCUCUUUUAUAGAAAUAAUGUAUCAAUUCUCCAGUGUCUGUACAGUCUGAAAAGUGUUCUCCCUCCCGUCUGUGUGGUAAAUGUGAAGCGACCAGGGGGCAGGAAUACUCUGACUGCAGACUUGGCACAGUCUCUAGAAGAGGAGCUUCUCGCCCUCAGAAACCUGGUGUCUGCUGCAGCAAGUGAAGUUGAAAAUAAUUUGACCCUGAGGUGUAAGACAGGGCAUAACAUCACAAGCCCAAUGGAAUCUUCUUGUGACGCAAAGGAACAUGUACAAAAGUACAAAGAGAGCCUAGAAAUAGAGCAGAUGCAGAUCAAUCUCGGUGCUCAUUUAACUACUAGCAGUGAGCUGUAUAGGCACAAUGUGCUGAAUAUAGCACAGAUGCAAAUGAGCUCUGACACAUUGGCAAGUAGAAUGGCUGUAUUAUGACCAUGCUUAAUGUAAAUGUCUUGUACUGUAUCUGUGAUUUAUAUAAACUCAUUACACACAGUGCAUAUUGGACCAAUAAAAUGUACCUUUUCAUUUGUAUUUUCUCUGCAAUUAGUAAUGACUAGGAAAGCUUACUCUAUCACUGGUUUUUAUAUAUUGUAUUUCUUUGCAUUAGCGUUAUCUUAAUAAAAACCAACAGAAUAUAUCACA